AUGACAGAUACCUCCCCAGUCGCCAUCACGCACCCCAUCACAGACCCUUAUCCGGUCACCGUCCCGCUGCACUCGCCCGGCGUCAACGGCACAGUCUCUGACUCUAUCGCCCCGGAAGAGGAGGAGCCGUAUACCAUCAAAUGCAUCUGUGCUUUUGAGGAUGAUGAUGGAAAUACGGUCUUCUGUGAAGGGUGCGAAACCUGGCAGCAUAUAGAAUGCUAUUACCACGGUCGGGAUGUGCCCGACGUUCAUAAUUGUGUCGAUUGCGAGCCGCGUCAUCUGGAUGGCCGGCGUGCAACUGAAAGGCAGAGACGCCUCAGAGAACAGAAUGACGGCGGUGACCGGAAAACCAAGCGAUCUGGAAAUAAGAGCCACAAGAAAAAGAUCAAGGAUCAUGGUGAUCAGGUAAAUGGAUUUCAUCAUCGGUCGGAAUCCAGUUUACGCGAUCAGCCUGCUGCAAAGAAAGUCAAGACAAACCACCGUGCUUCAGGGUCCAUUAGUUCUGUGUCAGGUGCGUCAAGUCUGCCACCUGAUCCGCGGAAACGGGCUGCAGCGUCCAUGAGCCCGAUCAAAACGGCUGGUCCAUCUAUUCCUCUUUACUCGCACGAGUUCUUACAUCUUUACGAUCAUGAUAACGAUUAUGCAAGCAUGGAUAGCAAUUUGUUUGUGAAUCUUCCCUUAGCCGCUGAUCUGGCUUCGUGGGUAACGGAGCCACUGGCUCUGGCCCGAAUCUCCAAUGGGCGGUCCGCGCAGGACAUCUUCACCUGGUCUGGGGCAUCGCUUGACCGGUCUCGGUGGCCCACAUUGUCAACGGAAUCCAUCACGGAACCUAGUAUUGAAAUGGAGGGCCAGCACCCCACCUGGAAAGUGCUUAAAACCAGAGAUCGUGUAGGGAAAGAUGAGAUUGUCGGUGAAAUCACUGGCAAAAUUGGGCUUUUGCGAGAUUAUUGCCUCGAUCCUAGUAAUCGAUGGCAGGAGCUCCGUCAUCCAGAGCCUUUUGUGUUUUUCCAUCCCCAACUUCCUAUCUAUAUCGAUAGCCGCCACGAGGGAAGUGUUCUUCGGUACGUGCGGCGGUCCUGCCGUCCGAACGUGACGAUGAAGACCUACAUCACGAACCAGGUCGAAUAUCACUUCUGCUUCGUCGCGAAGGAAGAAAUUGCCCCAGACUCGGAGAUUACUGCCAUGUGGUACCUCGACCCUCAACUGUUUGAGUCAAGCAAUGGGCUAGUCAAACAAGAGCCUAGCGAUAACGCUCAAGACAAUGCUGCCAUCUGCAUCAGCAAUGUCCUCGCCCAUUUUGGUGGCUGCGCUUGCGUACCAGCUUCAAACUGCUUGCUGGCCAGCGUCGAUCGCCGACGUCAUCCCAGAGCGCUGGAUCCGAGCAUGAAACAGGCAAGUUUGAAGCGAAAGAAGCCCAAGACGAAGCCGACCAUAUCUCCCACGGCCAACAGUCGCGCUGGAAGUGAAACCACCAAGAUUCUGGACGACGAAGAUCAAGCCGACAGUCGCUCUGCGUCGGGUUCUGUGCGCGGGCAAACUCGCAGUCGCGACUUGACCCCCACCUUACAGACUCCGACAGAGAACUACUUGCUGGGAGAUUCUGAGCUCUCCGCCCGUGACAAACGUAAGAUUGCGGCGGCUGAGAAGAAAUUCCAACAAUUAGAGCAGGACCAGCAAACCACUCAUAAAAGGAAGAAGCGAGCAAGCGGUCAGUCUACUCAUGGGCGCGAGCGUCAGUCGCACUCUCCACCGACUGGUAUUCUGCCUGGACCGCUGCCUAUUGAACGUCAUGGUUCCCCCCGCAAGAUGUCCAGCAGCCAUAGCAUUCUCUCGGAAAAGUCUCCGCUCGGCCGACCACAAUACGUGGAUUCCGCGAUCCAAACUGAGUCUGAAGCUGUCGUCCACGGGUCUUUCGUCCCUACGUCUCGACGACCCAGCUUCGUACCAUUGACGCAACGAUUGUUGAAACGAUGCUAUUUCGAUCGUCUUCGCAUUGAAAAGAGCAGUCGACUGACGCCGCUCCAAGUAAAACCCAUCCUAGCGCUGGACUCAUCGGCGUCUUCUUCGAGCCCCCUCGAGGCUCCGCCACCUGUAGUCUCCAUGGCUGGUGCAUUGGGCGACGAUGAGGAUACGGAAAUGAAGGAUGUUGAUUCGCCCACCCAGCCAUCGUCGUUGCAAGCUAAACACGUUCACCUGGAGACCUCGUCAUCAGACCGAGACAUGACUAAGCCACCUUUUCCUCCUCCCUGGCCAUCAACAGCCGCUCACAAUGCUCGAAUACCGCUGAAAUUCGUCAGUCAGCGUCGCCCUGAUCUUCGCGUUCCCCUUCCUUCCACAACCAUUGAUUCAAAUUUGACUACUCCCAGCUCUGGAUCUGCGGCGGGAUUAAAUCAGUCGUCUCCUGCAGGCGAUGCGCCUCCUCAGCCCAAUUUGUCUGCGCUUGCUUCAUCCAGUGCGAUUGCUCCCAGCCCCGUGAAAAAGAAACUCAGCCUGGGAGACUACAUCAUUCGGCGUGGAACCAAGACAACUCCCUCAGUAGAGAAAACGCAGGCCCAAGCCACCGGAAUUCUUCCGCCAAUUCCACCUGCAUCGGCACCAGCGGUCCGCGAUAUCACGGCAGUCAACAGCAAGGACGGAGUUAAGGGUGAAGAUCGACGUUCCCAGGAUAUGAUGGUGAAAGAUAUUCGUGGGCCUACGCCGGCCUCUCAAUUAUCUUCCCUGACACGAUGA